AAUGUGCAUCAGUAUCAAGUAUUCCCCGGGGUGAGUGGUACUGUCAAAUUUGUCAACACACAUUCCUCAGAGAAAGGCCUGUGUUAUACAAUGCAGAUGCUGUGGCAGCUGGAAGGGUAGAAGGUGUUGAUCCUAUUGAGGAGAUAGCCAAGAGAUGCAUUCGCAUAGUAAAAGACAUAGGAGCUGAGAUUGGUGGAUGUGAGUUGCCAGAAGGGGAUUGGCUUUGUUGCAAUGAUUGCACCAGAAUACAUACUACUUUGGAGAAUCUACUGGUUACCGUGGCUGAGAGACUCCCUGAAUCUCUUUUGGAUGUUAUAAAGAAGAAGCAUGUGGAAAGAUGUUUAGAACCCCUUAAUGAGAUUGAUGUAAGAUGGAAACUUCUUAAUGGAAAAAUUGCAUCUCCUGAAACAAGGCCUUUGCUUUUGGAGGCAGUGUCCAUGUUUAAUGAAUGCUUUGAUCCUAUAGUUGAUCCAGCUGCUGGACGUGACCUCAUUCCUGCCAUGGUUUAUGGAAGGAAUUUGCAGACUCAGGAUUUUGGAGGAAUGUAUUGUGCAUUAUUGGUUGUCAAUUCAUCUGUGGUAUCCGCGGGCAUGCUUCGAAUUUUUGGUAAAGAUAUUGCCGAACUCCCUUUAGUUGCAACAAGAUAUAAGAACCGUGGAAAGGGCUACUUCCAAACACUUUUCUCGUGCAUUGAGAGGCUGCUGGCUUUCAUGAAAGUGAAAAAUCUUGUGCUACCGGCUGCUGAAGAAGCAGAAUCUAUAUGGACAGAAAAAUUCGGGUUUAGCAAAAUGAAACCCGAUCAGGUAUAUGUUUUGCUCAAGACUUUUAAGCUAGGAGCUAAGUUAACAAUUUCCCGCUUCAUUCUCACCAUUUUUUGUUUUACUCUGAUCUACAAUUACGUUUCUGUGGUUGAUGAUUUAGCUAGCUGCAUUACUUUUGACAGGACUCACUCCCCCUACUCAAAAUGA